GAGCCUUCUUCCUUCACUACUCUUCUCUUCCUUCACUACUAUUCAGAUAAAAGUUUGUAAAGAAUGACAAAGAAAAUGAGGAGAGUGGGGAAGUACGAGGUUGGUCGCACGAUAGGUGAAGGAACCUUUGCUAAGGUUAAGUUUGCGAGGAACACAGAAACUGGUGAUAAUGUAGCCAUCAAAAUUAUGGCUAAGAGUACAAUACUUAAGAACAGAAUGGUUGAUCAGAUAAAAAGAGAGAUAUCUAUAAUGAAGAUUGUCCGGCAUCCUAACAUAGUGAGGUUGUAUGAGGUCUUGGCGAGUCCUUCUAAAAUAUAUAUCGUUUUGGAGUUUGUGACCGGAGGAGAGCUCUUUGAUAGAAUUGUUCAUAAGGGGAGGCUUGAAGAAACUGAGUCUCGCAAAUACUUUCAACAGCUUGUAGAUGCUGUUGCUCAUUGUCACUGGAAGGGUGUUUACCACCGUGACUUAAAGCCAGAAAAUCUUUUACUCGAUACAAAUGGAAAUCUGAAAGUUUCGGAUUUCGGACUCAGUGCAUUGCCUCAGCAAGGAGUAGAACUUCUGCGCACCACAUGUGGAACUCCGAACUAUGUAGCUCCUGAGGUACUUAGUGGCCAGGGUUACGAUGGUUCAGCAGCAGAUAUUUGGUCUUGCGGGGUUAUACUUUUCGUUAUAUUGGCUGGAUAUUUACCCUUUUCUGAGACGGAUCUUCCAGGGUUGUACAGAAAAAUAAAUGCAGCAGAGUUUUCUUGUCCACCGUGGUUUUCUGCAGAAGUGAAGUUUUUAAUACAUAGGAUGCUUGACCCCAAUCCCAAAACACGUAUUCAAAUUCAAGGAAUCAGGAAAGAUCCUUGGUUCAGAAUCAAUUAUGUGCCUAUCCGGGCAAGGGAAAUGGAAGAAGUGAAUUUGGAUGAUGUUCGUGCAGUUUUUGAUGGAAUUGAGGGCUGUUAUGUAGCGGAGAAUGUAGAGAGCAAGGAUGAAGGACCCCUGAUGAUGAAUGCCUUUGAGAUGAUUACCUUAUCACAAGGUUUAAAUUUAUCAGCCCUAUUUGAUAGGCGACAGGAUUUUGUUAAAAGGCAGACCCGUUUUGUUUCUCGAAAGGCACCUAGUGAGAUAAUUGCUAACAUCGAGACUGUAGCGAACUCAAUGGGUUUUAAGUCUCAUACACGAAACUUCAAGACAAGGCUCGAGGGAUUAUCUUCGAUCAAGGACGGGCAGUUAGCUGUUGUGAUAGAGAUGUACGAGGUGGCACCAUCGCUUUUCAUGGUAGACGUAAGAAAGGCUGCUGGUGAAACUCUUGAAUACCACAAGUUCUACAAGAAGUUAUGUUCGAGACUGGAAAACAUAAUAUGGAAAGCAACAGAAGGAAUGCCAAAGUCAGAGCUUCUCAGAACAAUCACUUUGAUUUGGCCAUUGGAUCCCUCUGUUCUCUGUGUGACGAUGUCUGAUCCAAUCGAUCUCGAGAGUUAUCACAAUGCUUUCAUCCAGGUUCCACACAAGGUCGGACUCCAUCAUCAAAAGGCUACUGGUAUCCCAAAGAAGUUGGCUCCUACAAUGGCCAUUGGGAAUAAGGUUGGUCUAAUCCGUGACAUUGAUGUGGAUACAGGAAGUAUUUAUGUCACUGUAAGCGGAUUUAAUCCUCUUGUUUUUCAAAUGGUGGUACCUUUUGAAUCAGACUUCCAGAAAAAAGCAGGGAGUAGGAUAUAUGAAGAACAUGGAGACAGAAGAAGUGGUACAGUGGUACAAGGCAGCAUGCUAAGCAGUUGCCUCAAGGGCAAGAAGGUGGAUGGGAAAAACCCAGGAAACCUGCUGCAAAAAGAGCCUUGGAAUUUUCUGGAGAAGAAAAUGAACUUUCCUGGCACUUGGGCUGCAAGCAGUGAAUUUACAGGGAAAGGAGGGGCCACUGAUGGUUUUAAAGAUGCUCAAUUUCCAGCUCAAGGCAUGGGUUAUGGAAGAAAAGGUGCAGGACCUGCUUGGCCUAAACCUUUGUAUCAGCCUAAAUCGGCUUCCAAGGUGGCGCAGGCUCCCCAGCAGGUUGUUCUAGAUCCUACAAAUGUUUUGCAAGGUGACGAACAGAACUACACCGGAAUAGAGGAUGUCCCAGUGUUGGGAGAAGAGGACCUUAAAGGAGGUAUAAUUUUCUCAGAAAGUACUGAUGAUUUAUUAGAGGUUGGAGAAUGUCAAUUUGAUGAGGAGAUCGAUGUUCAUGAGACGGCUGAGGAGACUAUGGAAGUUGAAGGACAAAUGAUCCCUAUGGAGAACAAGAUUGUUCCUAAAGGUAAACCUCAAAUUUCUAAAGUCUUACCUAUUGAUAUUGGUAUUAUUGUAAAAUAAAAAUGCAAAUAAAUUAAACGAUUUAAC